GUAGCAACGUCAAAGCACCCAGCUAACUUAGCUAGCAGUGGACAGAGGAAAGGCGAUGGACGACGACGUGUUAACGACUUUGAAAAUAUUGAUUAUUGGAGAGAGUGGUGUCGGAAAAUCCAGUCUACUCCUCAGGUUUACAGAUGAUACAUUUGACCCAGAAUUAGCAGCAACAAUUGGUGUAGACUUCAAAGUAAAAACCAUAGCAGUAGAUGGGAACCGAGCAAAGCUUGCUAUCUGGGACACAGCAGGACAGGAGAGGUUCAGGACCCUAACACCUAGUUAUUACAGAGGGGCACAGGGAGUCAUAUUGGUCUAUGAUGUCACAAAGCGGGAUUCGUUUUCAAAGCUGGAGAACUGGUUGAACGAACUGGAGACGUACUGCACACGCAAUGACCUUGUCAAAAUGCUGGUUGGAAACAAAAUAGACAAGGACAACCGUGAAGUUGACAGAAAUGAAGGUUUAAAAUUUGCACGGAAACAUUCUAUGCUUUUUAUUGAGGCCAGUGCCAAGACACGAGACGGCGUUCAGUGUGCCUUUGAGGAGCUGGUGGAGAAGAUCCUGCAGACGCCCGGGCUGUGGGAGAGCAGCCUGCAGGGCCAGGGCGUUCAGCUGUCUGACCAGCAGCAGUCUGGCCAGGGAGCGUGUGGAGGAUACUGUUCUCUCCUCUGAAUUCCCCACCUCCCCCUCCUCCUCCAAGCCCCUUCACAAACACUAACUGAGAUGGAAAAGCGCUGGUUUUUCUUCCGUUUUUGACGAGAGGCCCUCUGAGGUUGGGAAUAGGUUGGCUUCCUCAGAGCAUGUAAAGCAAAGGGACUUUUGCUGUUUGCACACACACACACACACACACACACACACACACACACACACACACUCUUAUCCCUGUGUUACUCUUUUACCCUCACAGUCCGAGCUGCGUUCCAACUCGUGUAACUUAUGUUAAUGUAUUGUAUAGCUACUUUUCCAGUACAUAAUAUAAAUAAUUAUCAUGCUUAGUAUAACUUAUCUAAAUGAAAAAAAUCAAAGAUCAUCAGAGGUAUUAAAAAAAAAAAACAGGCUUGGAUACCAAUUCUUCCCUCCAGUAAGAGGUUCACUUGCUGUGUCCUCAUUGGUAGUGGUGUCUUUAACAUGGAGAGCAGGGGCCAUUGAGAUGAAAGCAGAGGUGUUGGAUAAAAUGCAUUGGUUAGAAAAACUCACCGUAGACGUAAGCCUGACCUUUGACUCUGUUGUAUGUAUGUAUUUUGUGAGGAUUCGUUCCGCUAAAAAAAAACAAAAAAAAACAGACAAAAAGACACCUCUGCACCCUGUGGUCUCUGUAAACUGUGUGUUUUUAACCAGUGCUCACAAGAUUUCUUUCAUCUAGGCAAGCGCACUGUUAAAUGUUCCUUUGGAGUCAUGGGCCUUUAAAAAAAAAACAAAAAAAAAACAUGUUGCUUUUAGCAUGCACUUGCCUUUAUUGCCUGACUAGAAAUAUGUGGGGGUUUUUUUCUGUAAGAGAAUGGCACUGCUUAAAGAACUGCAUUUAGCAUUCUUCUUUUAUCAGCCGUCUUAUGUUGUCUUUACUGAAGCUUUUCAUAUUUUAUCUGUAUGAAAUGCUGUUGUAUAGCUGCAGUACCACUCACCACUGAAGGUGUGGUGCUAUAUAUCCUUAGUUCUUUUAAUCUUCUUUGCUUUUAGCAUGUUUUUGUAAGAACACUGAAUCAGUGAAACUUCCAGGCUUUUACUCUGUCUAUAAACUGUAUUACCAUAUCCACUCGCCUGCCAUUCCUUCUUUAAGACCCUAAUGGACAUUUAAAAAAGGAACUCUCCUCCAGGUGGUGAAAUCACCGACACUGACUCCCUACUGGUCUGAGACUGGAAAUGUUUACUUGCAUGUCUAUGGCCUGGUGAUUGAAGUCUUUUGGUGUACAGAGCAGUGUUCUGUUCAGUGACUCGUUGAUCCAUCCAGAAUUGGCCCAUUAAUGAUUCAGUUAUGCCUUAAUAUUCUUUAUGAACACAGCCGUCCACCGUACUAAGUGACACCCUCUGCUCUUGGUACUAUUUCACACUGAACCAGUCUGAAUCUCUGUGUCUUGUUAUGUCUAAUGAUAAUGGCAUUACUGUGGUAAAGGAUUAAGUAGUGGGUUAAUUAGUUAAACACUAGUCAAAUGAGAGAAACUGUGUGACUUUAAUUUCUUGACAGGUGUUUUCCCAGUUGAGUUCUUUUGUUUCAGAGAGAGAGACUUAUUUGUUUGUGCUGUUUUCUCUAACACACAGUAUACACUCACUGUGAUCCCUGCUGGUUUCUGGAACAUUCUGCACGACUGGAUCGUUUAGAGGAACUCAAUAAACGUUCCACUUCUGCAGUCAGUCAUCUGGACUGCAUAUGUAUCUUGGAGAGCAUCAAUAUUAUUUUUC